UUCGAACAGUGCACGUGGUCGCCCAUUCCAUGAUAUCUGCUCAUAGUUAAUAAUGUGAAUGUAGUAUGAGCUAAUCUCAUUAAUAUAUUCGAAGAAGUGCUGCGCAUUCUGCGUAGAUUGACAGAAUCAGUUACCCAGUGUUGCUUUAAUAAUUCAUCUUAUUCCUUAUAAUGCCUAACAGAGCAUUUUGCUUUGUCAUCAUACGUGAACUGUCUGACAAAUGUGUGUGGAAGCACAAACAAAAAUGGAAACUUCACUGAAGCAACUGGUCCGUGGGAGAGCAUUAGCCUUCAUAAUAAUUUUAGGAAUUGGAGGAUCCUUUCAAAAUGGAUUUCAUGUUACAGUUACCAGUUCCCCUUCGCCGUACAUUAAGAAUUUCAUCAAUGAAAGUUGGUUUAUUCGGCAUGGAGAGACCAUGGCGCCAGAGACCGUAACCUUCAUUUGGUCAGCUAUAGUGUCGCUUUAUGCCGUGGGGGGCCUUUUGGGCUCAAUCAGCGUUAGGCACGUUACUGGCAAAUUUGGAAGAAAGAAAGCCAUGAUCUGGAAUAACAUGGUCAGUAUUGUAGCUGCAGUAACCAUGUUUACAAGCAAGAGUGCAAACUCUUUUGAAAUGGUACUGGUUGCACGGUUCUUAUUUGGAUUUUCUUCAGGUUUGGGUGCAAAUAUCCACAACAUAUACCUUGGUGAGAGUUCUCCUAAAAAACUGAGAGGAAUGGUGACAUUGACAGCAGCUACCUUUAUCUCCAUUGGUAAACUCACUGGUCAACUUGCUGGUCUGAGGGAAAUUCUCGGGCAUGAGGAGCUGUGGAAUAUCCUGCUUUGUGCCCCAGCAUGUUUCUCUGUGGUUCAGCUGCUUGUGCUGCCGUCCUUUCCUGAGGCCCCAAGAUAUUUAUUAAUAGACAAACACAACGAGGCAAUGUGCAGGGACGCCCUUCAGACCCUGUGGGGUCAGGGGGACUUUAAGACGGAGAUUGAGGAGAUGUUGACGGAACAGGCCGCUAUAAAGAGGCAGCGCUCCCUGAGUCUCCUGGAGCUCCUGAGGGACAGAUCUGUGCGCUGGCAGCUCAUCACCAUGGUGGCCAUCAAUAUGGGCAUCCAGUUCAGUGGCAUCUCUGCUAUAAGUGCCUUCUCCUUCAACAUCUUCCAGGAAAUGAACAUUCCACUAGACAAAAUCCGUUAUGUGACACUGGGUGUGGGGGCUUCUGAGGUCCUCACCUCCAUCGCAUGUGGACUCUUCAUUGAGAAUGUGGGGAGGAGAACCUUGCUGUGGGGAGGGUUUGGGGCCAUGUCUGUAAUAAUGGCAUUAAUCACACUCUCACUGAUCCUGAAGGAAAGCAGCUAUUGGAUUCCAUAUAGCACACUUGGCCUGAUAUUUCUUUUUGUAAUAUUCUAUGGUGGUGGACCAGCGGGUGUUCUGCCAUCUAUAACCCAUGAGAUAUUCAUCCAGUCCUCAAGACCUGCUGCUUUCGUAUUUGCCGGCAUACUGCGCUGGCUAGGGUUCUCUGUGAUGGGAAUGGCCUUCCCGUUUCUAAUUACAUUAUGGAAGUCCUACACGUUCGUGUUGUUUUCUGGGGUUCCUCUGGUGGCUGGACUGUUUGUCUUUUUCUUAGUACCUGAAACAAAGGGUAAAACGCUCUUGGAAAUAUCAGAGGAAUUCAACAAAAUCCAAAUAUGCAAGCCUUCAUUAAGAAAAGACAUUGUAGAAACAAGGCUAUAAACCAUAGUUUAAUUAGUUCAGUAUUUCUGUGACAGAGGAACAAGCCAUCUGUUUGAUCGUGUUACCCUGCAUGAAGAAGUGGUUGAUUUAAAGGGCCUUCUGGCAUUAAAGACGUCAGUUAAAAGUCAAGUGUGUUGUAAGUUAUGCAGGUUUUCUCAGGACUAUUUUUCUUAGCUUAUAUGCCUGAACUCUCUGUUCAUUCUCUUCAGAAAUUGGAACACAUCUAGUUUCCACUUUGAAAUGGCUUCUGGCUAACCUUAUGGACAUGUCUUCUAACAAUAUCAUAUUUAAUGACCCAUAAACUAUCACAUUAAACGAACCUCUUGGUUA